AUGGCUAAGGCAGCGCAAGUACGAAAUGCUCCGAUACAGUCUCCGCAGCACACUAUCAACCUGCGCUCCAGGAAAGCAUUCUCUUCAAAAACAGCUGGAGCCGCCCCUAAAGGAUCCGUCCCAUCACGAUCGCCUGGUCAGCGCCCCAGUCCGGAUUCUCAAGAGACUGCCCAUGCUAUUCAACAGAAACGUGCUCGCGGGGAGCCCCAUAUAAGUCCUCUUACGGCACCAACCGGCGCUUCAAAAAGUCCACAGCACGACUCCUCCCAACGUCAUGGAAUGGACACCAACGCCGUGAUCGAUCAUCCCGCCUACGUUGCAGCACAAGAGCACAAGACCCACACUCUACAGACACCUAAAGCUGCCACUAAACACCCUAUCCACGCACCCGAAUACGAUGCACGUGCGGGGCCGAGCGUGCCCACGAUAAGGCAAGUACCGCGUCAAGCAUUCGCCGAAGAGGAAGCAUCAUCCCACGCGGAGAGUGUUGUAUCGGCCGGAGGACAGGGGAGUCCAGUAUUUAAUCAGCCCGCAUUGGAUCCUUGCGAAUCUCGCCGCUUUGUAUUUGGAAAUAUGCGUGCCGCUCUUCCUCAGACAACGGAAGUACCUCCGGAGACUUUUGGCGGCGUAGUUCCACUACCCGAAUCUAUUCAUGAGAAUCCAUUAAACACCCCGGCCCAAGGCCUCGGACCCGGACGCGUUCAUGAGAAUGCAUUUAGUGCCAUAUUUCGGCAGCCACAACCCGCUGCUGGAAGCCCCUUCCAGGGUUCUCCGAAUCCGGCGUUGAUGCAGCCACCCGGCGGAACCGCCAGACAUGUUCCUUCACAGGCAGGAUCGUCUCAACACUCUUCUCAUCAUUCUGAAUUCCAAGUACCCAUGCAACAUGGGCAGGUAUUUGGACAGCAGGCAUCCACUCCUGGCGGAAACCUCGGACAAUGUCGCGCGCAGUCCCAUACCUCGCAUUCAGGAAGAAGCGUGCAGUGGUCCGCCCGGCAGGAACAAGUCAUUGGAAAUAGCACCGCGAUGCAAGGUCAGAGUGAGAGGCGCAAUUACGCCGCCAUUCCGAUGACUAUAGGGAGAGGUUCGAAGCAGUUCCAAGAUAUGAGGUGCUAUCUUGCGCAGCUGCAGCAUGAUGAGGAAGAUGAGGCAUCUGGUUGGGGCGGUUAA